AGAGAAGAAAAUCACUGCCCAUCUAUUAAGUCAAACUCCAAUUGCUAAUUUGGAAAUCGAAAGAGACGAUGGCGGACACACUCGCUGCUCUUAGGUCUUUAAUGUCCUCUCACUCUCCUCCUCUUCAUGCUUUGAUUAUUCCUUCCGAAGAUUAUCAUCAGAGCGAAUAUGUAUCGGCACGGGACAAAAGACGCGCAUUUGUCUCUGGAUUCACCGGAAGUGCUGGUUUGGCGCUUAUAACCAUGGAUGAAGCACUUUUGUGGACAGAUGGCCGGUAUUUCUUACAGGCAACUCAGCAGCUCAGUGACCAGUGGAAGCUCAUGCGUAUGGGAGAAGAUCCUCCCGUUGAUAUCUGGAUGGCCAAUAAUUUACCAAAGGAUGCAGCCAUUGGUGUUGAUACAUGGUGUGUAUCAGUAGAUACUGCGCAGAAAUGGGAGUGUGCUUUUGCUAAGAAACAACAAAAGUUGGUACAAACAACUAGAAACUUGGUUGAUGAAGUUUGGAAAAAUCGGCUACCUGCCCAAGCAAAUCCUGUAAUUGUGCAUCCGUUACAAUUUGCUGGUCAGUCUGUUGCAGAUAAGUUGAAAGAAUUGAGGAGAAAGCUUGUACUGGGAAAAGCUCGUGCUAUUAUUAUAACAGCACUUGAUGAAGUUGCAUGGUUAUAUAAUGUCCGUGGCAGUGACGUAUCAUAUUGCCCAGUUGUUCAUGCAUUUGCGAUUGUGACUAUAGAUUCAGCCUUCUUCUACGUGGAUAAGCAAAAAUUGUCUCCUGAGGCAAACUCUUACAUGGAAGAAAAUGGAAUUAUAGUGCGGGAUUAUGGUGAUGUUAGCUCAGAUGUGGUCCUCCUUGCAUCUAAUCAACUUACUUCUUGCUCCUCAACUAAGGGAUCUAAAGGGAACCCAAAGAUUGAUGUUAGAAAUGCCACUUAUAUAGGAAAUACUGCUAGUCAUGCUGUUGAGUUUGUAAAUGACCUCAUUUGGGUUGAUCCUGGAGCAUGUUGCUUCGCUUUGUAUUCAAAACUGAGUGCUGAUAAAGUUCUCCUUCAGCAAUCACCUUUGGCCCUUGCAAAAGCUCUGAAGAACCCUGUUGAGAUAGAAGGAUUGAAGAAGGCCCAUUUUCGGGAUGGGGCAGCUGUUGUGCAAUAUCAUGUCUGGCUUGAUAAGCAGAUGCAGGAAAUAUACGGGGCAUCUGGUUAUUUCAUGGAGGCUGAAAGUACCAAACAGAAGAAACAACUGGGGACUAAAAGACUGACAGAAGUCUCUGUGAGUGAUAAGCUGGAGGAGUUCCGUGCAUCAAAGGAGCAUUUUAGAGGAUUAAGUUUCCCAACUACCUCUUCUGUUGGCUCAAAUGCAGCCAUUAUCCACUAUAAACCUGAGGCAGAAACUUGUGCUGAACUCGAUCCAGAUUGCAUUUACCUAUUCGAUUCUGGAGCACAGUAUCUGGAUGGAACAACUGAUAUUACACGGACUAUUCAUUUCGGAAAACCUUCUCCACAUGAGAAAUCUAGUUACACGGCGGUUCUUAAAGGACAUAUAUCUUUGGGAAACGCCAGGUUUCCUAACGGAACCAAUGGGCAAGCUCUUGACAUUCUUGCUCGAAUUCCUUUGUGGAAAGAUGGUCUUGACUAUAGGCAUGGUACUGGACACGGGAUCGGGUCUUACUUAAAUGUCCAUGAAGGACCUCAUAAUAUUAGUUUCAGGCCAUCUGCACGGGAUGUGCCACUACAAGUUUCAAUGGCUGUAACAGAUGAACCUGGUUAUUAUGAAGACGGGAACUUUGGUAUAAGAAUAGAGAAUGUUCUUAUUGUCAAGGAGGGCAAUACGAAGUUCAACUUCGGUAAUAAGGGCUAUUUAUCAUUUGAGCAUAUAACUUGGGCACCGUACCAGAGGAAACUAAUUGACGUGAGCCUUCUGGUGCCUGAAGAGAUUGAAUGGUUAAAUGAAUACCAUGCAAAAUGUAGGGAAAUUCUUACUCCUUACCUGAAUACAUCUGAGAUGGAAUGGCUGAAGAAGGCUACCGAACCCAUUGCAGCUUGACAUGCCUCAUUUGUUAGGGGAUUGGAGUUGAGGCAUUUUACCAUAUUAUUGUUGCCUUGUGGAGAUGAAAGAUUUAGCUUCUGUCGAUUCAAAACGG